ACGCAUGUACGCUAAAUUCCCGGGAUCGUUAUUAGGAAUCGGUCCCUUCUGUUGGCACUAUUAAAGGGAGUACCUACCUACAACUCUUAUACAAAGAAUAGAAACACGUUCUCGAAGUACGUACGAUCCGUUUCAACGAGAUUGUGAUUUCGACACAAAACAGAAAACAGUUUACCUGCGAUACGUAACGCUUCGUUGAAUGUCACAUUUUCUCACGGGAGUUUCCCCAGUUUAUUGAAAAAGCUGCAACGAUAACAAUUGACGCGAUGGACGAUAAAUCAGAUUUAAUAGCCUGUGACAUGGAUUGCACAAAAUUGGUGGAGGAUUUGGCGAAAAAUAAAAAUGAAUCAGCCAAGGAAUUUUACUUGAAAAAGAAAUAUGAUAUGGCAUUGAUAAAAUACAAUGAAAUUAUUGACAUUUGCCCAAAGUCUCCAGUAUACUAUGGAAAUAGAACUGCGUGUUAUAUGAUGCUUGGAAAAUUUCAAGAUGCCUUAAAUGAUGCGAAAAAAUGCAUUGAAUUAGAUAUGAAGUUCAUCAAAGCUUACAGAAGAGCUAUACAGUGUUCUUUAAUUUUGGGAGAUAUUGUUCAAGCUCAAACCAUCUUAACAAAGUUAUUAGAGAUUGAUCCUGAUAAUAAAGUAAUAGUUGCAGAAAAAAAAAAAUUACAAUAUUUACAAAACUUUCUUAAAGAUGCAGAUGCUGCAUAUAAGGCCAAGGAUUUUCGCAAGGUUGUGUACUGUAUGGACAGAUGUUGCGAUAUAAGCACUUCUUGUCCAAGAUUUAAACUAUCUAAGGCAGAAUGUCUAGCAUUCUUAGGGAGAUACCAAGAAGCACAAGAAAUUGCAAACAAUAUUUUACAUAUUGAUAAACAAAAUCCGGAUGCGCUGUAUGUCCGCGGUAUGUGUUUGUAUUUCCAAGAUGAUAUUGGCAGAGCAUUUGCACAUUUUCAACAAGUACUCAGAUUGGCACCAGAUCACGUUAAGGCAUUGGAAAUAUAUAAGCGAGCCAAAAAUUUAAAGAAAAAGAAAAAUGAAGGUAAUGCUGCUUACAAUAUGGAACAGUAUCAAGAAGCAUAUAAAUUGUAUACUGAAGCCCUGACCAUAGAUCCACAAAACAUAGUAACGAAUGCGAAACUUCAUUUUAAUAAAGCGACAGUAGCUACAAAGUUGGGUCUCCUAAGUGAAUCAGUUGCAGAAUGUACAGAAGCAUUGAAAUUAGACAACAAUUAUUUGAAAGCUCUUCUUAGGAGGGCAGCAUCUUAUAUGGAACUUAAAAAAUACGAAGAUGCUAUUCAUGAUCUCGAAAAAGCAUAUAAAAUGGAUAAAAGUCGCGACAACAAACGGUUACUUAUGGAAGCAAAAUUGGCGUUAAAAAUAUCUAUGAGGAAGGAUUAUUAUAAGAUUUUAGGCAUCGACAAAAAUGCAUCAACUGAUGAUAUUAAGAAAGCUUAUAGGAAAAGAGCUAUGGUACAUCAUCCAGAUCGGCAUCCGAAUGCAACCGAAGGAGAAAAGAAGGAACAAGAAAAGAAGUUCAAAGACGUUGGAGAAGCCUACGAAAUUUUAUCGGAUCCGAAGAAACGAUCGCGUUACGACAAUGGACAUGAUGUAAUUGAUAGUGAUGGCGGUUUUCAAGAUAUCGAUCCAAAUGCAGUGUAUCAAACGUUUUUCAACCAACACAACGGUUACCAGUUCCAUACAGGUGGCGGCUAUCCCGGUGCUUUUCCGUCUGGUUUUACCUUCCAUUUUAGUUAACAGCAUUCCAAGAAGCACGUCUUUAUGCUCGUUAUAUUAUAUUAGAUUUUGUGUACCUUUCAUUCGUAGUCCACCUCGUAUUAUCAGGCAACGUAAAUAAUAUAAAACUUACUAGAUAUAGUUUUAUAUAUUUAUUUAAAUAUUUGUAAAUAUGUCUUAUAUGUAUCCUUAUAGAGUUCACCGCAGUACGAUACGUAAAUGACGAGUUUUAUGAAUCAUAUCGGUAUUUAAACUGGUCACAUUUUUUGAAAAAGUACAGUUGUAUUGAUAGUUACUUACUAAAUGUUAUAUGUAAGUUCUUUCGUCGUUCAGUGAUGUUACAAAGUUAGCUUAUAUAUUCAGCCGAGUAAUACAGUCCGCUAUAAACUUUCCAGACUCGCUUUAAUUCGUUGUUCGUGCGCAUUAUAUAACGUUCAAAUUGACUUUGGAAUGAGAUAAAUAAAUUUUACGCAAUUCGUGUCUCUUUGUAGAAACAUAAUGUAUGAAGCAUUGUUAAAUGAAACUAUAAUAAAUUCUUAAACGAAGUUGCGGAUUUUUAUGGUAAUCGUAGUUAGAUAACCGAGUAAAUUUAAGAGUAAUGCGAUAGCAAUUAUAGAGUAAACGGAAAGUAAGUAAACAGACUAUUAUUUAAGUAUCCCUGUUAAACAUUCACUUAUUAUAUUAUGAAUAACUAUGGAAUUUGUAAGAAAUAAUUUAAGUACCUUAUUUAUUUCUCUAAACAGAUGGCAACAUAGAUCACACAUCCAAUUCAUCAAA